AUGAAGGAAAAGAAGAAGGAGGGAGCAGGCGGUAGGCCUCGCGGUUCGCGCAAAAACAUCGUCGGCAGUGAGUCCCAGGGGCUCCUGCAGGCCGCCGCUGGGACUGGGUUCAUCGGCUUCUCAGCCUUUCAGACCGCAGCCAAGGCUUCCCCUACUACUGCCGAUGUCGAGGGGGGGGGCACCGCGGGUUCAACCCCGGCUGGUAAGGCAGGUGCAGGAAGCGGCCAUGGAGGGAAACGGCGGGUGAAGAUGGCUAAGGUGAAUGGAGGGUACUCGGCGGGAUCUGCUGGACAGGUACUUCCUCCGCACUACUCCGGGAGUGACAGCCACCUCGCUGUUGUGAGCAAGCGGCUGUCCAAGCGGGAUGUCACCACUAAGCUGAAGGCGUUGGCUGAGCUAAGGGCCAUGUGCAGGCUUGUUACUCGCGAGGCGGAGCUAGCAGCAUCACCGCAGCCUGGCCCCGGGCAAGACAGCCGGGCAGGAACAUCUAGAGCCAGUUCCGGGGUCGCGCCUGCGAGUGGUGCGGGUGCGGCGGAGUCGUCGGCGAUGGAUACGCCGGCCACGUCAGCCGAAGACCUGGGAGGAUUGGCCCCGCACUGGGUAUUCUUGUACCAGCGACUGUCGGCAGAGGGUGAUCGGAGGACUCGCGAGGCCGCCAACACGACGCUGUUGUGCAUGCUCAAGGGUAACCGAAGGGCAUUCCAGCCGCUCAUGUCUUCUCUCAUGGGGCCGUGGUUCUGCUCGCAGGCCGACACUGCACCUGAGAGGGCGUGCUGA